CUCCUCGCCCCGCGUGGCUGCCGCCCUUCCCCCUUGGGAUUUCUCUCGUUUUGCAACUUUCCCUCGAGGAAACAGUCAAGGAAAGCAGAAUGGGUUCCAGUCAACAGUUCUCUCUUAGAUGGAACAAUUAUUUGAAACACAUUACUUGCGCUUUCGACACGUUAAGGACGGACGAGGAUCUCGUAGAUGUCACUUUGAGCUGCGAAGGCAAAAGGAUCAGAGCACACAAAAUGCUCCUGUCAGCAUGUAGUACAUACUUUAGAGAUUUAUUUAAGGAAAAUCCGUGCCAGCAUCCCGUCAUAAUAUUCCGUAAUGUAAAAUUCGAUGACUUGGCUGCCUUGGUCGAUUUCAUGUACCAAGGUGAAGUAAAUGUCGUUCAAGAGCAACUGGCGAGUUUUCUCACAACGGCAGAGCUCUUGGCGGUGCAGGGUCUCACAGACGGCACAGGAAAGGACGACAGUUUAGUGGAGGAUGACUUAGAAAUUCCCAACGAGCCUGAAGUUCAACUGCAGAACACUUCCGGUAAAUCCACGGGGGAUAACAAGAGAAAUAAGUCCCCAUCGUCUCCGAUGCCAUACCACGCCGUCGAAUUGCAACCCGAAGUGCCGCCAAACAAAAGAAGAAAAAUUCGAGAAAGUACGAAUGUGAACGCGGAGAAGAAUUCGGCAGGGAUGAACGCGAAGGAUUGCGAUGGGAAAACGUCGGAAAAUCAGACGGGAUCGGCCUCCGAUCCGGUUGAAAUAAUUCCCCUCAUGCCGAACUUAAAGCUGGAGAUGCCGGAAUAUCUGGAGCAAGAUGGUAGCAGUUGUAGUUAUGAAGAUCAGAGUAUAGGUGACAGUACGCUGAAUAAAAUCACCAUAGACGACACGUCGUCGACCACGCCUGAUCACGAACAGAAGCCCGACAUCAGUCAGACAUUUUACUCGAGUCAGUCGACAUCGGACGGUUUGGACGGCAAACAUCAGUCAGAUGUUGGACACCUACUAUCUAAACCAAGUACUUCGGGAGAAAGGGCAACACAGGAUGCGGUACAGGGGGGGGUGGGACGCAAUCGGAAGCACGUUGGCGAUACAACUGGUCAGGUGGUGAUGCAGGGCCCGGGGCGUUUUCCGUGCCGACUCUGCGGAAACGUUUACAGGCACCUUGCCUCGCUGACCCAGCACCUCGAAGUGCAUCGCAACCAGACUACCUGCAUCGUCUGCCACACCACUCUCAGUCGUAGAACCGAUCUGCGGCGUCACAUGCGCCUGAAACACCAAAUACCCUGGCAAAAAACGAUCCACAGGCAGCGCAGCCCGAAAAGCGAAUUGGACUCGUAGAUCACACGCACGCCGCACCCUCUCUCUAUCUCUCCUUCUCUCUGAGAUAAUAGACAUCGAUCGUCCUGGCGAUUCGCUAAAUUAUUAUUGAACGUGCCCAGAGCGGCAUCGCUUCUUGCUCCGCUCCCAGCCGCGGAUACCUCGUAUGCGUUUGCCGAUGCGAGAGCUCGCUCUCUAUGCCGAUCGUGGCGUCCGUCACCUUAACACUACGUUUCUCGAAUCUCAUCGCGAUCGUAGUCUUGAUUGAUUUAAAUUUAGACAGGAAGGAUAGAUACCAGCGUCAUAACUUGUGAAGUUAUAAAUAUUAAUUUUUUUAUAUAAACAGGGAAAGAAAAGAUGCCUAUAUAUUUUUUAUUGCAAACUGAUGUAUUUAGCUGCACUGCGAGGAAAUUACGGGUAGUGUUAAGACGACGAUCGUCCACAUCCACAAUUACUUAGAGACGUAUCUCUUUUGAGAACGAGGCUCUCGCAGAUAAAAACUUACGCGCCUCUUUGCUUGCUAAUUUCUUCUCGCGAUGCAUGCGAGCGAGUAUCGUUGAACCUUGGAGGUUCAACGCUCUCUUUGAAGAUAUAUUAACUGAUACGUUGAUUUUAUUAAUUGACACAACUGUUAUUGCUAAACAGCGUUUAUUUCUCAAGAAAAGGAAGUUUACGGACGAACGCGACGUGAUAAAUACAAUGCGGGAUAUUGAUCUCGCAUCCUCUUCCUCUCGAAAGAUAAAGUAUUUUAAAGCCGAAAUUCUUUUUUAUAAUUUUUACAUUGUUUAAGCAUUGUUAAGCACUCGAUUGUUGUUACGAGAGCAAGCUGAGUUCGAUGAGUGGCAAUGUGCUUUGUCUGAACGUGUACAUCUUUAAUUUAUAGUCUAAAUGCAACGGAUUUCCACAACGGAAUACUAAAUAUUUAUAUAGCCGUGCAAAAACUGUGCAUCUUCGUUGACGCAUUUAAACACGCUGAGAGCCGUAGAAUCGUCGGCGCUUCGCGCAUUCGUUAUAUCUUAACAAGUAUUAAAAAAAAAAAAAACACGGCGGGUGAAUGAAACGAGGGCGAGUCGGAUCAAAAUUAAAAAUUCAUGUCCUGGGAAAGGUAUAUAUACCUUGAAUGAAACAUAAAAGUAAAUACUUUCGAGCGAUAUACAUUAGCGAAUAAUUCGGCGAGCGAGUUUCUUGAAUUUAAGCGAUUUAAUUUAUAAUUUGCCGAUCCUGUUCAUCCGCCGUCAAAUAUAUGGAGCGUAUCGGGCGUGUAGACAGCGAUACUUUGGGUGAGAUAUCCAAAUAUUUAUGGAGCCUUUCCCUCGCGGGGACGUCGCUCUACGGUUUUGCUGUAUAUCUUAGAUACGCUCCGUACGUGCCACGACUUACUGAAAAGGUAGCGGAUAGUUGCGCUUUUCGAUAUUUGAUUUUUUUUGCGAGAGGCGAUCGCCUCGGUAAAUUAUCCGCACGCGGGGCCGAACGGCCCCGACUUAGAGGUGUUUUCCGCGCGAAAAAUUGAUGUGUCUAGCUUCGCUGUACGCGCGUAUUUAUCUUCGCUAAGUGUGCAGAUUGGCGAUUAUGUUUAACAUUAGCGGACUUGCGCGUAUUCGCGCCUUAGGCGCGUUAAGAGGCGAGAAUUAAGUGAUACGUGUUGUAAGGAUCUGAGUAUCGUAUACGUCGCAGAUGAACGGAGGCGGCUCUAUCGGACGACAAGGACCUAAAAAGAAGAUCUUAUACGUGAAAGAAGAAUUAAGUAUACAAUUAAGUACAUUAAGGCGCGCGGAAAAUCUUCGCACGCGCGGUAGGUCCUGGUAAAGGAUUUACCGAACGUUCUUUUACGAAGAUCUUUUUACUACGAGAGAAGCCCGCGCGAAAGAGCCUUUUUUUCGGAAAGGAUUCAUGUACGUGAAGUCCUCGAGGAUUCCGCCGGUAUUUUCAUGUAAAGCCCCGUAGUUAGAGUCGCCUCCGGAUUAACAUGAAUCAGCGGUCUUGAAGGAUUCUAGUCAUUAUUAUACGGGACAUUAGAUUAUCGAGAUCUCUAUCGCUCGUUCACACAGGUAUCUAUAACGGAUCGAAGUUAUUUUUUUAUACUCCUCGACGCACCCGGGGGCUCUCUCUUCGCGGCCGUUAUAUCUUCACAGGACAUCGCUCCGCAACGUCGUAAUCCUCUCUCUCUCUUUCUCUUUCUCUCUCUAUCUCUAUCUCUCUCUGCAGCCACAACCCCCGACACGUUACACGGACUCUGUUUACACGUUUACGUACACCACGUGCCGAAGUUUCUUUGCGAACGAUUCUUGGGCUCGGUGUACACGUAAAAAAGCUCGUUUUUUUUUAUUGGACCUCUGGCACUACUUUACGAUCUUUCCCGACUGAUUUUAUUGUCUCUAAUUUUGCGAUCGUGCACAAGACUGCCUUCUGCAAAAUUGAAAAAGAAUUUAAAACAAGAUUUUAACACGACAGCCUUAUAUGUCAAGUGUAGCUCUUGAUAGGGAAGCUUUUGUGAAUGUACAUCGAGCCUCAGCUUCAGCUGUUGAGACAGCGCAUAGACAGUGCCUUAUACACAAAUACCUGGUUUUACAUUUUACGCAUUGACUUCUCCAGAUGUUUACCAUAGACAAGAUUAUAUCUAACGGUGCGAAGCAUCCGGAAAGUAGCCGUUAAUUCUGUUACCGGCCUCGUGUAAACAUUGUCUUUGUAUUUAAAAAAAAAGCGCGAAAACAGCGUUUCUCAUAGCUCCGCGAAAAAUCCCGUACACGUUUGUGUCUCUCAAGAAGGAAAGAAGUUUUGAGAAUGUGGGUAAAAAUUAAAUUUUUAUUUACUAGACUCGCUGACCUGUGUUAUAAUUUAAUUAUAGUUUAAGCUUUAGAAUCUCGUUUACUUUUGUUAUUAUUUCUUUACUUAUUAUCGAUACUCUCGGCAAAAAUCAUAUUAUAAUUCAUACUUCAGUGUAAGGAUAUUUGAGAGCAAAUUUCGAGCAUUUGAUUUAAAUCUUAAGUAUAGAGAUGCGAUCUUACCGAAAAGAACUGCAUAUAUUAUUUCAAAGAUUGCGAGUAAAAUAUUGUUUAUUUUUGUUUUUACCUUUAUUUUGUUUUUAUCUUUUAUUUAUUUGUACGUCAUAUUAUCGUCGCUUUAUUUCCAGCCAGUAUCUUAUCUGCUCGUGCGAUGCCAUAUAACAAUCUCUAAUCUCUAAAAGAUUAAUUAUAAUCGUUUAAUAUUUAACAUUCUGCGGGGAAACGCUGAUUUCGACCGUUCUGCGAAAUGCGUCAAUAUAUAUCCAAAGACAGAUCUGAAUAUAAGACGUCACCGUUACCGUUGUUGUUGUUAUUAAAUAAAUGAUUUACAUACAUCGGGAGCGACAUCGCAAGCGGGGAUACCUUAUUUUAGCGAGCGCAUUCAAGAGUAUUAUGCAACAAAAGUAGUACAAUAACCGAAUACAACGCGCGCGUGCGUGCGUGCGUGCGUCUGCAUUUCGUUUCGUUUUUCGAGAGUGACAUUGCACUUGUGCACCUAACUAUUUACUCGUAGGUAUAAGUGAUCGUAAUCAUAGUUGUUGAUCGUAGCACGAAAAUCCGCGUCUAGAAACGGAUUUGCCUCAUUUUAACUCAUUAAUUGCCGUUUAAAGAAUCGCACUGCGGGAUGCAGUAAAUUACAUUUUUAACGCCCUGAACCAAACGCUAUACAAAACGACGUGAUAAUGAUUGGCAAUUAAUGGGUUAAUACAAAAAGCUACGUAUGUGAAAAACUUAUAAGUAUCUAUAAGGCCGUACGUGACUAUCGCGGAAACUGUAUCAGGGAUCCUCAAAUUCGAAAUUAACCGAAUUUAUAUAUUCAGAAAUAUCGUUUAGAACAUUUUUAUAUAACUAGUUUAUCUAUUUUCUAUUAUUUUCUUGCGUUAAAAAUUAUUCUGUUAAUUUUGAUCUAUGCCUUUUUUAUGGAAGUCAGCAUAUACAAAAAUAUUAUUUUUUUAUAUAUAUGUGUGUGCAGAUGCUUUAAUUUUUUAAUACUCUUGGUAAGAUAGCAUUCUUUUCAUAACAAUAAGAGAAAUAUUGGAAAAUAUAAAAGAAAAAUUAAAGUAUGUAUAUUCUGACCAUAUCUCAUAAGAAUAAACUCAAUUAAAAAUGAAGAUACCUUGUGCAAUGAGAUUUAAGUAUCCCUGGCAACAGACGAAUCGCGAUAGGUAUUGCGAUAAAGAAAUUGUACAGGUUGACAAACGCAUGAGAAAAAUAAAAGAAACGUAAAGGAUCAAGCCAAACGAAUUUCGACAGAAAAUCUUGGCCAACGCAGCGGAAAAGUGUCGUAUACUAUUGGUAAGACAGGCGUGCGAAGAUGAACGAAGGUAAAAAUAAAAUGAUCGAUAAGGGUAAUAAAAUUGCUGGGGACACGUCAGGUACAAUUCGCGCAAAUCCCAGAAAAAUGAACCUUAUGGAAACCUUCGGUCUUAUCAGGAACACUCGAAACGUGGCCCUUGUCUGCGCGGACAUGUUCGUUAGUUAAGAGUUUUGAUGCAAAGAUUCAGGUAAUUAGUUAUCUUAGAAAGAGAGAUGUAACAAUUUGCAGAAAUUUAGUACCGAUAAAAAGUACGUAGACAUGGAUAUACUAUGCCCGGCGUACAGGAUACAUUUUCUAUCCGUAAAUUUCUAGGAUCGAUAAAAAUAAUAUAAGGACAAACAAUCUUUCGAGCGACAUUAAUAUCCAUCAAUACUGCAUCGGACUCUUGUCGAAAUUGAUUCAAAAAUACGAUAUUUAAAUUUUACGAAUGAACGAAUUUUACAUUCUGCUCUUCUUACGACAAAGAUCGUGUAUACAUCGCCUUUAUCGAUCCUAAAAAAUUGUCGACAGAAUAUGCUACCAUUCUGUAUGCUGCGAUAUGAAAUCGAGAACGCGCUAUCGCAAAGAAAAAGCUGUUUAACCCUUCGAGGCGCAGUUUUAGCCAACAAUUUCGGAUUUUCCGGUCGAAUCUACCGUGGUGUUCAAACGAUGAUCGUAAAAGAAGAAGUGGUUUCAGAAUAGCGGGCAAAAAAUUAUUCGUCUCGGUCCGGAAGGGUUAAUUCUUUCUGAGAAGAAUACAGCGGAUGUGUGUGUUGCAGCGAGCUUAGAAAUUAACUGUAGAUAUCGUGAGACACUAUCGGUAGCACGAAAAAAAAAAAAUAUUGCGUUCUCUAUUCAGGUACGUGUUUACGUUCGGUAUCAUAAUUGUGAGCUUGUAACUUAAUUAAAAGAUCGUGUAAGACUACGCUUUCAGAUGUUAUCGCAGUAAUGUAAAUAAAAGAAUUUCUGAUGGA